AAAUAAUAUAAUGCCAGUCGCGCCCCUCCGCUGUACCCACACUCCGCGGCGCUCCGCGGCUUCACUCUCACUCUUUUGGUGGUUAGCGUUCAGUUACUGCGGUCGCGUGAUAUUAUUAAAGCGUUAAGUAUUCGUACUUGAAAGUUUAGAUCCAGUUAAGCCAGUAUCGCACAGAUAAGAAAAAAUAAUGCCUCUUGACUUGUAUUGCAUGGACCCGAGCCCCCCGAACCGGGCGGUCUAUCUGUGCCUUGAAGCCCUCGGCAUUGAGGUGAACAAAAAACCCGUCAACCUUUUCAAAAAAGAGCAACUCAGUCCAGAGUUUACAAAGAUCAACCCUCAGCAUACUGUGCCGACCUUGGUGGACGACGGAUUUGUGAUCUGGGAUAGCCACGCCAUUUGUGCCUACUUAGUGAACAAGUACGGAAAGGACGAUUCUUUGUAUCCCAAGGACCCCCAGAAAAGGGCUAUUGUUGACCAGCGCCUGCACUUUGACACUGGAAUUUUGUUCACCCGUCUCCGCGAUAUUACGUUUCCUCUGCUCUUCUUGAAAUGCAAGGAAAUUCCUGAGGACAAGAAACAGAGAGCUCGAGAUGCCUAUGCAUUCCUGGAGACGUUUUUGGAGGGCAACGACUAUCUUGCUGGAAAUAAUUACACCAUUGCGGAUAUUUGCUGUAUUUCUACUGUGACCAGUCUUGUGGAGGCGCUUCGUGUGAGUGCUGAUGAUUUUCCCAACGUCAAGGCUUGGAUCCAGCGCUGCAAGGACAACCUGCCAGGCUAUCAGGAGGCCAAUCAACCUGGGUUGAACAUCUUCAAGGGUGCCGUCGAUGCUGAACUGGAUUAAUUUUCACAUUAAGGAGAGAAUAUUAUUAUUUCACAUAAUUAUAUUAAGCCAAGAAUUAAAUUCAAGUCAAAAAUAGACUCAUGUCAUUAUAUUUAUAUUUUAAAAAUGCAUUUAAUAAAACAUGAAGCAUA